CCGGCGGCUCGGGCGCAGCGCGCGGCUGUGGGGCCCAGAGCGUGGACCCUAGCCGGCAUGCUCUCGCGCGCGCGAGUCCGCGGCGGCCGCCGCGUCCGGGAGGCUGCUCACUUGGCGGCGGGCCCCGGGGGCCGUGCCGCGGACAUGUAGUCGCCGGCGGGGCUCCGCGCAGCCCCGGAGCGGCAGCGAGAGCUAGAGCGAGCCGGAGCCGAGGAGUCCGCCGUUUGUCCCGGAGGCGCUGAGCGCGCGCCGCGCUCCGCCGCCCCUCGGCGGCACUUUGGGCCCGUGAGGGAAAUGGGGGAGAAAGUUUCGGAAGCGCCGGACCCGGUGCCCCGCAGCUGCAGCGGCCGCGGCGCCUGGAUUCCCGCCCCUGCCCUGGCCGCCGCGCCCUCGCCGGGUGCUUCUUCGGCCGAGUCCUCCUCGGGCUCAGGAACUCUGUCGGAGGAAGGCGAGCCCGGCGGCUUCACCCGGGCGCAGCCGCCGCCGCCGCCAGCCGCGUGGGCUCCCGCGCGUGCGGCGCUCGAGCUUGGAGUCCCCGCGCCGCCGCCGCCGCCCCCGGGAGGAGCCGCGCCGCCCGCGCCCGGGGGCAGCAGCGCGUCCCAGGAGGAGCAGGACGAGGAGCUGGACCACAUAUUAUCCCCACCACCCAUGCCAUUUCGGAAGUGCAGCAACCCCGAUGUGAAUUCUGGCCCUGGAAAGUCACUGAAGUUUAAAAGACAGCUGAGUGAGGAUGGACGACAGCUGCGCCGAGGGAGUCUGGGAGGAGCCCUAACUGGGAGGUACCUCCUUCCAAAUGCAGUGGCGGGGCAGGUGUGGCCGGCCUCUGCAGAGACGUCUAACCUCGUGCGCAUGCGCAACCAGGCCCUGGGCCAAUCGGCGCCUUCGCUCACUGCCAGCCUGGAAGGGCAGCCUCCGAAGAGCCAUUUCAACUCAGCCCGACAUCGCCAGAGACUAGUGGAGCCAGCUGCUUCAAAAAAGGAGCUGAGUCUCCCCAGAAGAGGAAGUUUGAUAGAUUCCCAGAAGUGGAAUUGCUUGGUCAAACGUUGCCGAACAAGCAACCGGAAAAGCUUGAUCGGCAAUGGGCAGUCACCAGCGUUGCCUCGGCCACACUCACCUCUCUCUGCUCAUGCAGGAAAUAGCCCUCAAGAUAGUCCAAGAAAUUUCUCCCCCAGUGCCUCAGCCCAUUUUUCAUUUGCACGGAGGACUGAUGGACGCCGCUGGUCCUUGGCUUCUCUCCCCUCCUCUGGCUAUGGGACAAACACGCCCAGCUCUACCGUCUCUUCAUCCUGUUCCUCCCAGGAGAAGUUACAUCAGUUACCAUACCAACCAACGGCAGAUGAAUUACACUUCUUAUCGAAACAUUUUUGUACUACCGAAAGCAUUGCCGCAGAAAACAGAUGCAGGAACACACCCAUGCGCCCCCGUUCCCGAAGUCUGAGCCCUGGACGUUCUCCCGCCUGCUGUGACCAUGAAAUAAUUAUGAUGAACCAUGUCUACAAAGAAAGGUUCCCAAAGGCUACAGCUCAAAUGGAAGAACGUCUUAAGGACAUUAUCACCAGCUACUCUCCCGACCAUGUUCUUCCUCUAGCAGAUGGUGUGCUUAGUUUCACUCAUCACCAGAUUAUUGAACUGGCUCGAGAUUGCUUGGAUAAAUCCCACCAGGGUCUCAUCACCUCACGAUACUUUCUUGAAUUGCAGCACAAAUUAGACAAACUGCUACAGGAGGCACAUGACCGUUCAGAGAGUGGAGAAUUGGCAUUUAUCAAACAGCUAGUUCGAAAGAUCCUGAUUGUUAUUGCCCGCCCUGCUCGGUUAUUAGAGUGCCUGGAAUUUGAUCCUGAAGAAUUUUACUACCUAUUGGAAGCAGCAGAAGGCCAUGCAAAAGAAGGGCAGGGUAUCAAAACUGACAUUCCCAGGUACAUCAUCAGCCAGCUGGGGCUCAACAAGGAUCCUUUGGAAGAAAUGGCUAAGUUGGGAAACUAUGAUAGUGGGGCAGCAGAAACACCAGAAACAGAUGAAUCAGUGAGUAGCUCUAAUGCUUCCCUGAAACUUCAAAGGAAACCUCGGGAAAGUGAUUUUGAAACGAUUAAAUUGAUUAGCAAUGGAGCCUAUGGGGCAGUCUACUUUGUUCGGCAUAAGGAAUCUCGACAGAGGUUUGCCAUGAAGAAGAUCAAUAAACAGAACCUCAUCCUCCGAAACCAGAUUCAGCAGGCCUUUGUGGAACGGGAUAUACUGACUUUUGCGGAGAACCCCUUUGUAGUCAGCAUGUAUUGCUCCUUUGAAACAAAGCGCCACUUGUGCAUGGUCAUGGAGUACGUGGAAGGGGGUGACUGUGCUACAUUAAUGAAGAACAUGGGUCCUCUCCCUGUGGAUAUGGCCAGGAUGUAUUUUGCUGAAACGGUUCUGGCCUUGGAAUAUCUACAUAAUUAUGGAAUUGUACACAGGGAUUUGAAACCAGACAAUUUGUUGGUCACCUCCAUGGGACACAUAAAGCUGACAGAUUUCGGAUUAUCCAAGGUGGGGCUCAUGAGCAUGACUACCAAUCUGUAUGAGGGUCAUAUUGAGAAGGAUGCUCGAGAGUUCUUGGACAAACAGGUCUGUGGCACACCUGAGUACAUUGCACCAGAAGUGAUUCUGAGGCAGGGCUAUGGGAAGCCAGUGGACUGGUGGGCCAUGGGGAUCAUCCUCUAUGAAUUUCUGGUCGGAUGUGUGCCAUUCUUUGGGGACACUCCAGAGGAGCUGUUUGGACAAGUCAUCAGUGAUGAGAUUAACUGGCCUGAAAAGGAUGAGGCGCCACCACCCGAUGCCCAGGAUCUGAUUACCUUGCUUCUCAGGCAGAAUCCCCUGGAGAGACUCGGAACAGGUGGUGCCUAUGAAGUCAAACAGCAUCGAUUCUUCCGUUCUUUAGACUGGAACAGUUUGCUGAGACAGAAGGCAGAAUUUAUUCCCCAACUGGAAUCCGAAGAUGACACAAGUUAUUUUGAUACUCGGUCUGAGAAGUAUCAUCAUAUGGAGACUGAGGAAGAAGACGACACAAACGAUGAAGACUUUACUGUGGAAAUAAGGCAGUUUUCCUCAUGUUCACAUAGGUUUUCAAAAGUUUUCAGCAGUAUAGAUCGAGUAACUCAGAAUCCAGGAGAAGAGAAGGAAGACUCUGGGGACAAAACCAAAAGCACGACUCUGCCGUCUACAGAAACAUUAAGCUGGAGUUCAGAAUACUCUGAAAUGCAACAGUUAUCCACAUCCAACUCUUCAGAUACUGAAAGCAACAGACAGAGACUCAGUUCUGGCCUGCUUCCCAAACUGGCCAUUUCAGCAGAGACAGAACAACAUGAGGCUGCUCCCUGCCCCGGAGACCUCCACGAGGAGCUGGAAAAGCCAGCCCUCCCACCUGCAGAGUGUGCCCAGGAGGAGCCUGAAGUCACCACCCCCGCCAGCACCAUCAGCAGCUCCACCCUGUCAGUUGGAAGUUUUUCAGAGCACUUGGAUCAGAUAAAUGGACGAAGCGAGUGUGUGGACAGUACAGAUAAUUCCUCAAAGCCAUCCAGUGAACCCGCUUCUCACGUGGCUCGGCAGCGAUUAGAAAGCACAGAAAAAAAGAAAAUCUCGGGGAAAGUGACCAAGUCCCUUUCUGCCAGUGCUCUGUCCCUCAUGAUCCCAGGAGAUAUGUUUUCUGUUUCUCCACUGGGGAGUCCAAUGUCUCCUCAUUCCCUGUCCUCGGACCCUUCUUCUUCACGGGAUUCUUCUCCUAGCCGAGAUUCUUCAGCGGCUUCGGCUAGUCCACAUCAGCCCAUUGUGAUCCACAGUUCGGGGAAGAACUAUGGUUUCACCAUCCGAGCCAUCCGGGUGUAUGUGGGAGACAGCGACAUCUACACGGUGCACCAUAUCGUUUGGAAUGUAGAAGAAGGAAGUCCAGCAGGCCAGGCAGGACUGAAGGCUGGAGAUCUGAUCACACACAUCAAUGGAGAACCGGUGCAUGGGCUUGUCCACACGGAAGUUAUAGAGCUCUUGCUAAAGAGUGGAAAUAAGGUGUCAAUCACUACAACCCCGUUUGAAAACACAUCCAUCAAAACAGGACCAGCAAGGAGAAACAGCUAUAAGAGCCGGAUGGUGAGGCGGAGCAAGAAAUCCAAGAAGAAAGAAAGUCUAGAAAGGAGGAGAUCCCUUUUCAAAAAACUAGCCAAGCAACCUUCUCCCUUACUGCACACCAGCCGAAGUUUCUCCUGCCUGAACCGGUCCCUUUCAUCGGGGGAGAGCCUCCCGGGGUCCCCCACUCACAGCUUGUCUCCCCGAUCCCCAACGCCCAGCUAUCGCUCCACCCCCGACUUCCCAUCUGGUACUAACUCCUCCCAGAGCAGCUCCCCAAGUUCUAGUGCCCCCAAUUCCCCAGCAGGCUCAGGACACAUCCGGCCCAGCACCCUCCAUGGUCUGGCCCCCAAACUCAGCGGACAGCGAUACCGGUCUGGAAGGCGUAAGUCAGCGGGCAGCAUCCCGCUCUCCCCGUUGGCCCGGACACCCUCUCCAACUCCUCAGCCCACUUCCCCUCAGCGGUCACCUUCACCUCUGUUGGGACACUCACUUGGCAAUUCCAAGAUCGCGCAAGCCUUUCCCAGCAAAAUGCACUCCCCUCCCACCAUCGUCAGGCACAUCGUCAGGCCCAAGAGCGCAGAGCCCCCGCGGUCCCCGCUGCUCAAGCGCGUGCAGUCGGAGGAGAAGCUCUCGCCGUCCUAUGGCAGUGACAAGAAGCACCUGUGUUCCCGCAAGCACAGCCUGGAGGUGACCCAGGAAGAGGUGCAGCGGGAGCAGUCCCAGCGGGAAGUGACGUUGCAGAGCCUGGAGGAGAACGUGUGUGACGCGCCUUCGCUCAGCCGGGCCAGGCCGGUGGAACAGGGCUGCCUGAAACGCCCCGUCUCCCGGAAGCUGGGAAGGCAGGAGUCCGUGGACGACCUGGACCGAGAGAAGCUGAAGGCUAAGGUGGUGGUGAAGAAACCAGAUGGCUUCCCGGAGAAGCAGGAAUCCCAACAGAAACCCCAUGGACUUGGUAGUGAUUUGGAAAACUUCUCUACUUUCAGGCUUGAAGAGAGAGAGAAGAAAAUAUAUCCAAAGUCUUUAGAAAGGUCGAGCCAUUUUGAAAACAAAGCAGCUCUGCAGGAGGCCCAGACCCUGGGCAGCCUGCUGAAGGGCACGCUUCACAAGCAGGCCAGCGUGCGGGCCAGUGAGGGUGGAACCGGGGAUAGGGCAGCCGCUGGCUGUGGCCUGGCACCGAGGGAUCACAGCCGCGGCACCUGUGAUUUCAAACGGGCCUCUGCUCCCAGCGCCCUCCAAGAAAGUCUGUGUCACCCCACAGACAGGCCCUCCCCCGGGAAGGGCGAGAACAAAGAAAAGGCCUCCCAGGCCAAGGAGUGUCUCCGCUGUGAGAAGUUAGACAGCAAGCUGGCCAACCUUGAUUACCUCCGAAAGAAAGUGUCACUUGAAGAGAAAGAUGAUAACCUCUGCCCUGCGCUCAAGUCCAAGAUGACGUCUAGUGCCCAUGAAUGCCUGCCAGGGAACCCAGUCCGGCCUGUGGCUGGGCAGCAGGAAGCCCUGCCAGCCUCUGAGAGCCGAGCAUUCAUCAACAGUGCCCAUGCAGCUCAGAUUAGUGCCAUCUCUUUUGUCCCCAUCAAGGCCUUGGCUGGCCGGGUAGAUAGUGGAGCAGAGAAGCCAAGCCUGGUUGCUCCUGAAUCACCUGUCCGGAAAAGCCCUUCUGAAUAUAAGCUGGACGGUAGGUCUGUGUCGUGCCUGAAGCCAAUUGAGGGCACUCUGGACAUUGCUCUCUUGUCUGGGCCUCAGGCCUCCAAGACAGAGCUGGCUUCCCCAGAGCCUGCACCGAGCCCCAGCCCAGGCUGUGAAGUGAGGCCCUCUGUGCCACCGGCUCUCCCCAGCAGUGGGGGGAAGAAGGGUGAAACUGUGGGUCAGAGGGAGCCUUCCCCUGCCAACUUCAAGAUGAAUAAAUCCUACUUGCUUGAGCCUCGCUUCCCACCACCCAGCCAGGGGCUCCAGAGGCCACCAGCGGCUCCCCUGCCUGCCCCAGAGCUAACACGGGACAGGACAGUUUCCCAUGCUGCCGGGAGCCCGGUGGCCAGCAUGGAAAGCAACCGGCUGCAGAGAGAGGGCGGCCCCAGCAGGCAGCGCGACCGCAGCCCCGACGCGAAGCUCCUUCCCUUUCUGGGGCAGAGCCUUCACUGUGCUGACGGAUCCAGGCCUUGCAGCACGCUGCCACCUGAAGGUACCCCUGCCCCGGAGAAGCCAAACAUGAGAGAAUCGUUGGAAAGGGGCCUUCCCACAGCCAGAAGUGAGCAGUCUGCUGCAAGCGCUGAUGUCCGCAGAGACCCUUCCCUGGAGCUAUGUCUUCCAGAUGCUGCUAAAACCAGCGACACCUCCAAAGGUCUCCCCUCUGUGGGAAGGGCCCACCCAGACUUCUGCGCACAGACCCAGGCAAUGGAGAAAGUGUGGGGGCCUUGUGGGAAAACAGGCCACAAAGAUGGCCGAGAUGAGCGGAGGCCACCAGCCAGAGGGGACUCCUCUUGGAGCUCAGCCCAGACUCCUUGUGAGAGGGAGCCGGGCAGGGGAAGAAAGGGAAUAGAACCCAAGCUGGAAGCCCCUGCUGGGCCAUCUCUGCAGGCACCUGGAACUGAGAGUGGGAAGGGUGACCUGCUUUCCAGUUUCCCACCUCUGCAGAAAGACAGUCCCAAGGAAGCAGAAAGGAAGGACCAGCCUCUACAGAAGCAUCUCAGCAGUAGCUCUCAGUCCCCAUCAAUCACCAAAGAACUGCCUGGCCUGGCUGCUUGGCAGCAUUGCAGUUCACCAAGCCCGACUUCAGGCAGAGAGCAGGGAGGCAAGCCUCCUUGUCCCGCAGAACCCAGCCUGGGCCUCCAGGGCCCUCCCAAGCCCGUUGCUGUGCACAGUGAAAGCGGCAGCCAGAAGCCUAGGCCUGGCCCCGACCCAGGCCCUCCAAAGUCUAAGCACCCAGACCGGCCCCUCUCCUCCCAGAAGCCGAGCAUUGGGGCUGCAGUGGGCAAAGAGCCUGUUCCUCAGUCCCCCAGCGGCCCCAGCCGAGAGGGAAAAGGCAGCAGUAAGGGUGUAUUGGACAUGCUCCCCGCCCUCUCAGGCUCCCAGAACACAGCUAGCAAUGUGUCAGCCCCACUGCACAAUGAAGGGGGUCCUUUAGACACCAAGUUGAAACCCACCAGUGGGGAGCAUCCCCCAGAGAUGCUGGAGAAGCCUGUCCAUCUGCCAUGGCAAGGACACCCAGGGCUUAGUGAGUUGGUAGACCAGAAACUUCCCACUGUCAAUGAAAAACAAAAUCUGUCUCCAAAGCACCCCAAACCAUCCACUGUGAGAGAUUGCCCCCCUCUGUGCAAACAGACAGACAAGAGCCCAAGUCUGCAGGCCAGCACCACAGACAGGAAGUCAGAGGGGAAGAAAUGCACAGAAGCACUUUAUGUUCCAGCAGACAGCGGAAAGCUGGAGGCCACCCUGUCCCUAGCACCCAGGGAGGCCAGGCUGAAAGGCACAGAGAGGCCAGCAAUGACCGGGAAAGGGCUGCCAGAGGCCAAGGGGAAAGGGCUCAGUCCCCAGAAGCCACUGACUGAAGCAGGCAAGCCCAGCAGCAUGAAGCAGUCCCCCUCAGCCACUGGGCAGAGUUCUUUCCGCUCCCCUGCCCUCCCUGAGAAGCCUCUGAGCUGCUCCUCCAGCUUUCCUGGGGCCAGACCAGGAGUGCAGGAGGUCUCUACAACCAGCAACAGCACCUCUUCUGCCAAGACCAAUGGGGCCGCAGCUGAGCCCACAGCCUCCAGCUGCAGGGACCAUAGAAAGGCCCUGCCUGGGGGAGAUGGCAGAACCCAGAUGACAAAGAGUGACUCUUUGCCAUCCUUUCGGAGCUCCACCCUCACUCUGGAGCUGCACCAGCCCAGCCCAAAUGUGGCGGGGGUCUCUGGCCACCAGGACAGGGCCCUCUCAGUAACUGCCACCCUAGGAGAAGCCAAAGGGAAAGAGCCUACUCUAGGCCAGCCACCUCAGACUAGGAAGCAGAAUGUGGGCAGAGAGACGACCAAGCCAUCCCCUGCUCCAAAUGGGGACCAUCCGGUCGUUCUGCCUUCCGAGAAAGACUCUGUGGUCCGGCAGAGGCGGGGCAAAGAGAGCUGGCGGAGCAGCCCUCACAAAAAGGCCUUGUAAUGGGGCAGGCCCCAGGGCGGGACUGGGGAGACAGACCUGAAUGUGUAACUGAGUCUUGACUACCUUCUGAAACCAGCAUUGUGUGGGACUGGCCGCCAGUCAGAGCCUGGAGCCUCACAGAUGAAGGGAGAGAAAAGGAAGAGCCAGAAAGAGGGGACCUUCUUCCAAAUGCCUUCCCAAUUGUAACCGGUAAAACUGUUACCAGAUAGUGUUUGUACAAAAAGAAAAAAAUCUUUGCUGUUGAGGGUUAUUGAGGAAAAAGAUUGUCUCUGUAAAUACCUAGCAAUGUGUUUGGUUUGGGAUGUAGAGUCUAUACUUUGCUGCUGAUGGCGUCAUUUACUACAGCUUUUUUUUUUUUAGUAAGAUUUUUGCUUUACCACUUAACAUAAUGUAGUAAUGAAGCAAAAUGGUUAAAACUGGGUGUAUGUGAAAGUACGGAUACACCCAUAUCCGUAUUUAUACACGUCUACCCACAUGUUUUGGUCCGUGGUUUAAGGGAAUAUUUCAAGGCUACGGUUUUCUAAGUUAAAACAUUCUACGUAGAGUUAAAGCUGAAAGAAAGCCCUGAAUACAGUAGAUGGUGAGGUUUUUAUGUGUAUUUUUAAACAAGAUUUUGAUAGUACUAUAUCUGGCUACCUGUAUUUCCCGAUCUUAAAGCAAGAGCUACUCUAAUCGCUGCAUUUGGAAUUCCCCUUUCAUUAGUAAUGGCCGAACAAAUGGAGCUAGCUGUUUGCAUUUGAGUGAUUCUAAUGGACAUUUUGAUCCUGGGUCCAGCUGUCUGAAAGGCUAGCUGUCCUUGCCCAUGGGUAUGUAUGUCAGGUGUUCACCCAAGGUUUAGCGGGGACUAUAAACACAUGUCGUUUCAUUUCUGUUCUCUUGCUUUCCCUUCUUUUCAUGCUCUUAAGCUCAGGCCUUUAUGCUAUGAGUCACUAGUCCAAGAAGCACACAUUUUGCAGUAGUCCUGCACCAGCCCUGCUCUUGAAUGCAAAGGAAAAUUACUGGCUGCACACAAAUCCACUAGUACUUAGGUUGAGUAAUAAGCAUCAGGCAUUGGAAGAAGUUUUAAAUUUGCUUUUCUGAGGAAGUGGGGGUGGAUUUUGGCAUCAUAGCAUAUAUAUUAAGGAAUAAUCAGGACAUCAGAUACACUUUAAUACAUAGCUGGGGCCUUAUGUUGUAGAUGAAGCUUGCUGUUUUUAGCAAGUUCCUGGGUUUCACAUUCAUUUCUGAUGCAUCAAGUAGCUCCAUACAUUUCAUAACAUGAUCUCUUUAUUUGUAUGCAAAGAAAAAAUAUUAAUAAAGAGCAGCAUUUUUGUAACAAAAAAGACUUACUGGAGCUAUUUGGUGCUUGAAUGUGACUGUCCUUUUUACUUUUGCUAAGCCUUAUUUAAAUGUUGUAUACCAUGGAAUAUGUAGAAUUUGUCAAAUCAUUUUAGUGCUGCGGGGGGGUUUUUUGUGUUUCUGUUGGCGUUUUCCUGGUGACUUGUUUUGUAUUGUAAGGCUGCACUCACAGACAUAAGUACUAAGGCACUAAGAGAAAAGACACACAGGUAAGUAUUUAUAAGGUGCUUGGGAUCCAUAGCAGAAUUUUUGUUCUAUUUUAUUUUGUAAGAGAAAAAAAUUACCACUAAAUACUAAUCCAGCACCCAAACUCCCUCGGGAAUGUCUUAGUAUCUUCCAGCUAUAAAAUUGUUCCUCCACGCACAGCAGCAUAUUACAGCCUGUGGAUUGUAAAUCAUUUAGCGAGGCUGUAAACUGUGCUCCAAAAACAAGGGCGUAACAUAGCAACCGCUUGGCUGUCCUUCAUUGUAAAAUAAACUGGCAAUAGCAGCAAAGGAGUGUCCUCUUUGCCUUUAAUGUUUCUUCCCCAUGCAGUUUUAGCCACUCCCAUCACUGUCUUGUAAAACUGUAGGAGAAACAAGUAUUUUAGAAGAACUUAAAUGGGUUUUAAAAGUGGUCUCAACAUUUAUAAUUCAUAUCUGUGUUUGGCGGUUGUCAUAACCCAUUCCUUCUGCACUCAGACAUCACUACAGGUCUAUUGGGGAUGUAGUUCUUGGUUUACAGCCUUUGCUUUGUUAACUGUCCAGUUUCUUUAAAGCACAACUAGCUGCUUGUUUACAAAUGAUAUUUUUAUGUAUAUUUUGUACAGUGUGUUGUCAUUUUUGCCAAAUAUGUUUUUGCAUUUUGGAUGAGUACAGAGUACUUAAGGUUGCAUUCCUGUAAUGCCUGUUUGUUUUUGUAAACCUCUCCACAAUCAGCUGGUAGAAAUCCUCCUGUGUUCUCUGUGGUCAGUCUCUUGUGAUUGUGAGAUGUGCUCCUUGGUAGUAGUAUUCCCAGCUGUAGAUUUACCAGCUUAAAAGUUUGUUAGACUCUGUGCAAUAAAGUGUUUGCAGUCUUAUUUUCUCUAAGAUAUUCCCUAUGGAUGUCAUAAUUGUUGUAUAUUGAACAAAUAUUUAUACUUAUGCAGUUGCAUAACACUGAAAUAAAAAUUUAGCAUGAAAAGA